AUGCCGAAAUACAACUGCAAUAUCUUCACUUUAAAUCCCAUGUCUACAAGACUUGUUUCCCAACAAGACACAGGAAUACUCCUACCAACUUACCACACUAACUACUACGUUUACAAUGUUGGUAAAACUCGUGUGAAGGUAGUUGUUAAAGCAGGAACAAGGGUUUUGUGGACCAGAAAUGUCAAAACUAUAACAUUAGAACCUGGUCAAGAAGCUUACAUCGAUAUGUCCAAAAGCAAGUGCCUUGUUUCAGGUGUGGAUUUAACCAAUACUGAGGACCGCAGAGGCUAUGUACAUUGCUGCCAAGUCACCGGCUACCCUUUCUACGACAAUAGCGACUCUUCUAUUCCAAUUGAUAUUAAUCUGAUUUCCAAAAUACUUACUUCAGUUGGAGCAGCAGUCAUACCGAAAGCUGCAGAUGAUUUAUCAAAAAUUUUACAUAUUUUCUGGCCAGAAAACCAAGAGUCACUGUGGGACAAAAUCAACUCUGUUAUACUUCAUUUGUUAGACGCCCCUAGGCAAGAGCUUGUUCAAACUGUUAUCAAUAAAAAUCUUGCCCAAAUUGCAGAAAGACUUAGAACAGUAAUUCAUGAAUUAAACGAAGGAAGACCUACAGCUCUGCAGAAAUUUUUAAGCAUUUUGGAAGAUCUGGUUGAUUUCCAAAAUAAGUUUAAACUUGAACGAAAAGAAAAGCAACAAAAUCUCAAACCGACCUAUAAACUUCUUCCAUAUUAUUGUGCUGUUGUUAAUUUAAGACUUAAAAUCAAUCAGUUUGCUAUAGUUAACCGUGAUAAGCUUGGUUUAGAUGAAGCUGCCGUCAAACACAUUAUGGUUUGGUCUGACAAUCUGAUAAAUGAUCCUGAAUCGGGAGCAAUAGGAUACAUUACAGAACUUACCAAGGCUCGACUUGAGUUAGAAUAUAAAACAUGUUAUGCAGAACUAUUGUAUGACGGUCUUGUAACUGUACGAGGUUACUGUGUACUUAAUGGAUUGCAGUUCUUCCCGCUCUGGAAAUCAAUUGUAGAGCAUCCAGAAAGCACAGAGGAGCCUUACAAUGAUGUCAUCUUUUACUCCACAUACUGGGGUAGAGCAACACCUAAACUUCACAGACAAAUGGUUACAGAAGACCAUGAUCCACCAGUGAAACCAGCUUUGGUGAACAAUAAACGCAACCAACCAGUAUCACUUGUUGUUUAUACUUUAAACGAUAAAAUAUCUGGUGAUGCAGUCAUUUCUGGUCUUACUGUUGAAUAUGAAAACGGCGAAAAAAGUGUCACUGGGAAAGUAAGUCCUGACUUCCAAAUAAUUGAGUUUGAUGGAAAUCAUAUAACUUCUGUUAUUGCUUAUGGCUGGGGACAAAUUGACGGUCUCAAAUUUACUUUCUGCAACGGUCACUCCGUUCUUGUUGGAACUUCAUCAAGCGACAAACAUGAAUACAAACUUCAAAACCACCACAUAGUUGGUUUCUUCCUAGCUAACGAUUUCGACAAACUCGAAGGACAAGCUGCAAAUAUCUUCGUGAGCUUCCAAUUGUGCCAAGCAGAUGGCUCGAGUAACGACAAAUGUGUUAUAAGUCAUUAA